GCUGACGGACUGUAUAUAUAAAGGAGAACAGCAUGAAUCUACUUAUGCUCAACUGUGGACGCAAAGCGAGCGGACCUGUGACGUUUAAUUGCAACCUUUACGCAAAGGCGCUCUUCUAGAUUUCUGCCUCAAGUAGAUUGCUUUACCAGAAAAGAUUGGAAUAUUUCGAAAAUUAUUAAAUAAUAAGAACACGUAUACAACACACAUUAAUUUUACACUUAUUUAUGUGUGUGUUUUAAUUAAUAUCAUUAUUUUUAAACAGACAUUAUUUUUACAGUACGCAAAUUCUGUGUCUGUUAGUAUAAAAACACCUGUCUUGAACUUUCAAGAAGCUCCCUAGUGAUGAUUUUAUGAUUUUUUUCCCCCUGGUCUUUUUUUAUCCCAAUGCCCGCCCUAAUUACUGUCAUGGAAUCGUUUGGGUCUUUUGUCACCGAGUCUACCGACAUCACCACACCGGACGAUCCGUUCUCGGGUCCCCUCAAGUCUGUUGCGCCCUGGAAUUACACUUUCCUCGCCUGUCUGAUGUUCAUAGUGACUUCACUGUCUUUAACAGAGAACUUCACCGUUAUGCUUGUGACGUUUAGAUUCAAACAUUUAAGGAAACCGUUGAAUUACAUUAUUGUUAAUUUAUCUGUUGCUGAUUUUCUAGUUUCACUGACAGGAGGCACUAUAAGUUUUCUAACUAAUGCACGAGGCUACUUCUUCCUGGGCGUCUGGGCGUGUGUGCUGGAGGGAUUCGCUGUCACUUUUUUCGGGAUUGUGGCUUUGUGGUCUUUAGCAAUCUUGGCAUUUGAGCGUUAUUUUGUGAUCUGUCGUCCUCUGAAAAAUGUCCGGAUGGGAGGCAAGCACGCAGCGAUGGGUCUUGUUUUUGUCUGGACCUUCUCAUUCAUCUGGACAAUCCCUCCAGUUCUUGGCUGGAACAGUUAUACAGUCAGCAAAAUUGGCACCACCUGUGAACCCAACUGGUACUCGACUGAUUACUACGACCACACCUACAUCAUCACCUUUUUCAUUACGUGUUUUAUCCUUCCUCUUGGUGUGAUCAUUAUCUCCUAUGGUAAACUUAUGCAGAAGCUCAGAAAGGUAUCGAACACUCAUGGAAGGCUGGGUAAUGCGCGUAAGCCUGACCGAGAGGUGGCGAGGAUGGUCAUUGUAAUGAUAGUUGCAUUCAUGGUUGGAUGGACGCCUUAUGCAGCAUUCUCUAUCACUGUCACUGCCUGUCCCACAAUUCAUAUUGAUCCUCGCCUGGGCUCCAUACCGGCCUUCUUCUCAAAGACUGCAGCUGUAUACAAUCCCAUCAUCUAUGUCUUUAUGAAUAAGCAGUUCAGGAAGUGUCUGAUCCAGAUGUUUAAAGGAAAUGUCACCAAUUUGGACUCCACUAAUCUGAACCAGACAUCAGACAAAGGAGCCAUCACUGCCACAGCUGAGAGUAACCUUGAAGAGAUGUCCACCAUUGCUGCUCGCGUGCCCAUGUGCAACAUGGAGAAGCGUGAGGAUGACGAGGAAGAGUCGGAGCAAAGUGGGAAUGAAGGUCCGAAGCAGCUCUCUUUAUCAGAUAGUCGAGUGUGUCCUUUGUAGAAAAGGGGUAGUCUGACUUAAUAAAUGUAUACCUUUAGUCUAACCUGUUGUCUAACUAAAGCGUAGAUCAUGCAGUCGUUACCACUAUUGGAAUGAAUAUGUUAGAAUGUAUUGUUUGCAUUUUCAUGUUCUUUGUUGUUGUUUGUAUUUCUUUAUGUUGUGGCAAUUUGCAGUCUCUGUGUAUCUGUGUACUUGUCAGUAUUGCAUUAUUACCUUACAUAAACAUGAAGGAGGCAGGCGAUACAUUUCCAUUCAGUCCUCUGAACGAAUGCUAUUUGUUUUUUAUUUGCUAUUUGGUUCGGUUUGAUUUUGGUUCAAAAACCAAUAGGCUGAAUGGUUGUUGUGUUAAAUCACAGGGGUCUCAAACGCUUUUAUGAGACAAGCAAAAAGAAAAAGAAAAAUAAUAAUACAAAUAGUCGAACAGCAGAAAUAAAAUUAGCUGCUUUUGAAAAUGUAAAUAAUCACCCGGCUACAGCUUGGGACACUUUCCCCACCCCUGGCCUCUUCUGAUUGGGCUGCUGUUUUGAAAUUGACAUUGAUGAGCUUCUCUUUGUCUUAAAAUCUAAACCUGACCUAAGAAGGUCAUUCUAGUACAUGUUUACAUAAAAAACAAAUAUAAUAUAAUAAUUUUAAAUGUAAAAGCAUGUCUACACAUCUCUGGAUAUAACAUGCUGCUGUAUAUGACACCAUAACAAUUAAUUUAGUGAACUAACGGGUCAGACUGCUUUGGCAGUGUAUCUGCUUUGCAAUACAGUAAUAAACCUGCAUGGUUUAUCCUCAUCUGACAAUUAAAUUUCUUGUCUAUUGUUGAUUUUUCAGUCUUGUUUUGAGAGGUUUAAUGAAGGAAGAGUGAUCAAAUUGUAUUUAUUUAGCAGUCUAUAUACACUUUGGUAUAUGAGUGCUUGUGAGUUUGAAUGAACUGUCUGAAUGUCUUAUUAGGCCAUAAUGUUCGGUGUUUGCUCACAAUUUCUGUCCAAACUGACUAUUGAUAUCGAUGUUUGUCUGUGGCAUGCCAUGUAAUGUUUUACGUAUGUAUUUAUUUGUCAAUAUC